AUGUCUGCCAUAGACCCAGAAAUCUUCAAGGCGUCUGUUGUUGUCGUCAGUGGCUCUUUUGCGAAGUACAAUCAAGGCGACGUGAAGAGGUUUGUAGAAGCCCACGGUGGCAAGCUUCGCUCUACCGUCACAGAUGAUUGCACGCACCUGAUCACGUCCCAGAAAGACGUGGACAAGAAGCCCACCAAAUAUCUGCAAGCUGCCAAGCGUGCCACCUGCCAGAUCGUGUCUCUCGAUUGGCUCCUUGACUCCGUGGAAGCCAAGAAAGCGCUUCCUGAGAAGCCAUAUCUUCUUGCUUCCGGUGAUCCUUCCACCAAAGACGGCAAUCUGAAUGGGAGUGCCGCUGAAAAAAACGAAGACAAGAAACGACCUGCCAAUGGAGCUGCCGAAGCCGAACCCACCAACAAAAAGCUGAAAAACGCACAGAUCGCCAGCUCCAACUCACUGAAGGUUCCUGCUGACAAGGCCUUCGUUCAUCAAUCACCCAAUUUUCAGAACCCGAAAGUCUACAUUGACGAUACCGGACUGAUCUGGGAUGCCACUCUGAACCAGACCAAUGCAUCAUCCAACAACAACAAGUUCUACCGCAUCCAGAUUCUGGUCGGCAAUACGGGAACUGAAUUUGUAACCUGGACUCAUUGGGGCCGUGUGGGAGAGUAUGGGCAGUCUAGCAUACUGGUGAAUGGGGCCUUGACUUCUGCAAAAAACUUCUUUGUACAGAAGUUCAAGGACAAGUCGGGCUUGAAGUGGGAAAAUCGGCUCGAUCCCCCAAAGAGGGGAAAGUACACGUUCAUUGAGCGUGAAUAUGAAAAGGAUGACGAGGACCUGCCAAAGGAGGCCCAAGAGGACAAGGUCAAAAUCGAGAGUGCCUUGCCGAAACCUACGCAGGAGCUGCUAUCUUUCAUCUUUGAUGCUGACAACCUGCUGUCUACGAUGGCAGAACUGUCGUACGACCCCGACAAGCUGCCUCUGGGCAAGCUGAGCGAGCGAACACUCAAGGCCGGCUUCUCGAUCCUCAAUGAACUGUCGGAGCUGAUUGCAGGCCCAGAAUUGGCAUCUUCUACACAGGUUAUAGAAGCCCUGAGUAAUCGGUACUUCACCACCAUUCCUCACAUCUUUGGCCGCAACAGACCUCCGAUGCUGAAUACAGACGCUCAAAUCAAGAAGGAGAUUGAGCUUCUUGAGACACUGACGGAAAUGGACAUUACGAACGACAUCAUGAAGAAGUCCAAGGAUGGCGAGGAAAUCAACCAGCUGGACCGUCAGUUUCAGGGUCUGGGGUUGCAGGAAUUGACACAGCUCGACCACCAAUCUACGGAGUUCAAAGAACUGGAAAAUUACCUUUCGAUCUCCCGAGGAGCGACGCAUUCUCUUAACUACCAGAUCAUUGAUAUCUUCCGAAUUGAACGCAAAGGGGAGAUCGAUCGCCUGUCGUCAUCGCGGUUUGCAAAGAUGAAAAACUCCAACCGUCGACUUCUUUGGCAUGGAUCUCGGAGCACCAAUUUCGGCGGCAUCCUGAGUCAAGGCCUGCGAAUCGCACCACCUGAAGCGCCCGUCAGCGGAUACAUGUUCGGCAAGGGCGUCUAUCUGGCAGAUACGUCGAGCAAGUCUGCCAACUACUGUCAUUCGCACAACAGCAACAACAAGGGCCUGCUUCUGCUGUGCGAGGUUGAACUUGGAGAGCCCAUGCUGGAGUUGUACGAGAAUGACUAUCGGGCCGGUGAGAAGGCUCGCGUCACUGGCCGUGUUGCAACUCUCGGGAAAGGGACCAGCACGCCAGGUGGUUGGAAGGACGCCAGCUGUGUGUACCAGGACUUGGAGGGCGUCAAGAUGCCGGAUGUGGCGAUCCCUACGUGCACUGACGACGCCGCGUUUCUCCAGUACAACGAGUACAUUGUGUACGAUGUGGCCCAGAUUCGACAGCGUUACCUUUUUUACACCAAGAUGACUUGA